AUGCCAGAGGAGAUGCAAGGGCGUGUACUGGAAUUACCAUACCAGGCCCAUGAGGUUUCUGAUGGUCACUCCAUUGCUCAUUAUAUCAAACAGAAAUUUGAUGAAGACUGUGGAGGGGCAUGGCACUGUGUGGUUGGCAAAGAGUUUGGCUCCUGCAUCACUCGCCUAUGUGGAACUUUCAUCUUCUUUGGGGUGGAGAUGAUGGAGUUUCUCAUCUUCAAGGAUGGCAACGACAUCAGCCUCACCAAGGAAGAAGCUGCUGCAACUGCAAGACUCCUGCAAAAGGAUCAACGGCUGAUAAUAGAUUUGUAUAAAUAUCUCAUCUUGUAUGCAAAUAAAUUCUGA